GUAAUAGGCGUGCGACGACGACGGAGUGGUCCACAGACAGACGAAGGAUGUCAACAAGUUUAAAACAGGCUUUAAAAUCUCACUUUGGCUUCGACGGCUUUAGGUCCAAACUCCAGGAAGAUGUUGUUAAGGCUGUCAUUGGCGGUAACCGGGACGUGUUCGUGUGCAUGCCGACCGGAGCAGGGAAGUCUCUGUGCUACCAGCUGCCUGCAGUGAUGGCUGAGGGCAUUACUCUGGUUAUAUCCCCGUUAAUCGCCCUCAUUCAGGACCAAGUGGAUCGGCUGAAGGAGCUCAACAUCCCCGCCUGCUCCAUCAACUCCAAGCUUCCGGUGGCCGAGCGCCGCCUGAUCCUGGCCGACCUGGCGAGCAAGAGGCCCAAGCUGAAGCUCCUCUACAUCACUCCAGAGAUGGUGGCCUCGGCGUCGUUCCAGCCCUGCCUGACGGGUCUGUGCUCCCGCGGCCUGCUGUCCUACCUGGCCGUGGACGAGGCCCACUGUGUCUCCCAGUGGGGCCACGAUUUUAGGCCAGACUACCUCAAACUGGGCGAGCUGCGGGCUCGCGUGCCAGGAGUCCCCUGCUUGGCGUUGACGGCGACGGCUCCCAAGAACGUGCAAGAAGACGUCGUUCAGUCGCUCCGGCUGCGCUCGCCGACGUCCUUCAUCAGCCCCGUUUUCCGCAGCAACCUUUGUUACGAUGUGAUCUUCAGGGAUCUGCUGCCGAACCCUUACGUUCACCUCCAAGCCUUCAUCAAAAAAGCUCUGGCUAUGAGCAGCGGAUCUGCUGGACAGGGCUGUGGGAUCGUGUACUGUCGCACCAGAGAAGGCUGUGAAACCGUUGCCUACCAGCUGACCAAGCUUGGGGUCUUAGCCAAGGCGUAUCACGCAGGUCUGAGUGGAUCCGAUCGCACAGGUGUGCAGAACGAGUGGAUGCAGGGGAAGGUGCUGGUUAUUGUCGCGACCAUCAGCUUCGGCAUGGGUGUGGACAAAGCCAGCGUCCGAUUUGUUGCACACUGGAACCUCGCAAAGUCCCUGGCUGGCUACUACCAAGAGUCCGGGCGCGCAGGCAGGGACGGCCUGCCCGCCUUGUGUCGCACGUACUACAGCCGUAAGGAUAAAGAGCAGCUAAGCUUCCUCAUUCGCCAGGAAGUCACCCGACGGCAGGAGAAACGGGGCUCUUCAAAGGAGAAUGACAAGGCAGCCCUCAGGGACCUUGAGGCCAUGGUGUUGUUUUGUGAGCAAGAGGGAUGUCGCCACGCCAUCAUCUCCAACUUUUUCGGGGACAAGACGCCGAACUGCGCGGGCGCCUGCGACUACUGCCGCAACCCCAAAGCCGUGCGGGCCCAGCUGGAGCGAGCGGCCGUCCUCAGCACCAAGACGGAAGACGGCCAGAGCGGGCAGCCCAAAGGGCCGUUCGGCUACCUCCCGGAGCAAUACGAAGGAGGGAAGAAGGGCUAUGGCUUCGAGAGGUACGAUGAGGGGGACGAAGGUAGUGCUGAAGAGGAGAACAAGAAGAGGAAAAAGGAGUUUUCUGACCUCUAUAAGAAGCAGAUGAAUCUACGGAAGGGCUCUGACGGCCGGAGGGAGGACUUCGUCCCACCAGCUGCCGACUGCCCGCUCAGAGAGGCCAGCAGCCAGAGGAUCCCACGGCUCACUGUGAAGACCAGAGAGCAUUGCCUGUACCGCCUGCGAGACGCUCUGCUCAACCAGCAGGGGGCGCCAGACACAUUCAGCUGCAGCAGCCUGAUGUCAGCGGUGGAUAUAGAGUACGAGGUCUUCAAAAGCAGCAAAACGUCCAACUUGUACAAAGCUGCUAUGUUGAAAAAGGUGUCGACGGUGACGAAAUCGGCAGCCGGGACAGAGGAAGGCAGCAGCAGUGAUUCAAGAGAAGCGGAGACAAAACUCAAAGCAGCGGGAGACUCAUCAUCUUUAUACCCAGAGGAGCUGGAGGGGUUCACCUCCGCCUCUCAGAUCUACUCUAUGAAGCGAAAGAGAGUGGGUGCAGGUCAAAGGGGCUCCUCUAACUGCUUCCGCUCUGGCAAGGACCUCCUGAUUCCCGCCGCGUCCGACGCCGCCUCCUCCAAAGGGGCGGAAAACGGGGGCUUUUUCUGCGACUCCUCCGGGGAGUCGGACACCAAACGGAUCCGGGUCAAAGAGGCAUGCGCAGACGGGCCAUCGCUGACGUCGUCCAUCAGAGCCAGGGCCUCGGCCGUCGGCGCCUCCCUAAGCAGCCCGACCAAAGGAGGCAGAGCCGUGAGCAGGAAGCAGCAGAAGCUGGCGGAAGCGGCGAAGCGUUCUCGCAACAUCUCCCAGUACUUUGUGAAAAAGCAAAGCGCGGAGGAGGAGGGAGGGCCAGAGCCCCCCCUGGAAGCAGGCGGCCUGUUAUCAGAGACUCUCGGGGAGAUCUAUGAGGAGAGCAUAAUGCAGGAGCUGCAGUCUCUGGCUGCGGAGGAAAGCGACCCGCCGCCGUUAGAGACUGAGGAUCUGGUGCUGAUAGAACCUAAAACCGAAGUCAUCGUUUUAUCUGAUGGUGAAGAGAAAGAGGAGGAAGACAAAGGAUCUUUGGUUCUGGUUGAAGACGUCCCUCAUGAGGAGAACACAGCUAUCACAGAACCAGAUCAACCUAAAGAAGAAGAAGAAGAGGAAGCUACUAACCGUCCUUUAGUUCAAGAGUCUACAGAUGGGGUGGAAGCAGAACAGAAGGAGCCGUCUGCUGCGGCGAAGCGCAGCCGGACGUUGGGCGCCCACCAGCGGAGAGUGACGUUCAACCUGAAGGUGACGGAGAGGUCCCUGCCGGCUCUCGGCGAGCCCGCGGCGGCCGUCACGCUGAAGGAAGCGGCUAACAUCGUGGUCCACUGCCUGGACCCCUAUUAUUCUCAGGGAAAGUUUGCCACCAAGGCUCUGUUUAAGUCCUUCGCGCGGUACCUGUCUCACCUUCUCACCGAGGGUAAAAGCUGUGGAAAAAGCCAAGUGAAAGACGAAGCCAAAGUCCUCAUCAAGACGUUUUUCGCCGGCGUCCGGCGCUGUGAGAGCGAGGCUGACUGGGAGCAUCUUAAGGGACUGCACCACCCCGACGCCACAGAGAGCAAGGAGUGAUGGGACACGUCGUCCUUUUACCGUGUCAACGCCUUCUUCAUCCGUGCCUGCCGCCUCCUCUGGUUUAUCUCAGGCUUUUUUUUAUUUGAGAACUUUAGCAGAAGUAAGGGCUUUUUGUGGGUGCCUGGCUGUCACAUCCAGUACAUAAGCAAUAAAAAAUGCUGACUUGCAGUCUGGGGGAGCAGAGGUACAACUGUAAGUAUUAAAAGUGAGGCAGCGCUCUUAAUGUUUUAGCCCUUUGAGUCGAGUCAUGUUUCAAAUAUGCUUUUUUUUUUAUUAUUCAGAGCAAAACUGUAUGGUGACCCAUUACAACAAUAACACUAUAUACAGAUCCACAACUAGAAUCUGGCCCCGGUAAUGAGUUUUCCUUUUAGAUGGCCAUCCUGGCUCCUUGUAGCAAAACAGAAAGCGCCGAGGUAAGCAGAAAACGUCACACGCAGCUGUUUUAUUUGAAGGGAUUUGGCUCACGCCCUUCGUAUCCUCCUGCUUGGUACAGUGGAGGAUCUGUCAUGACGUGUGCCUGUUUCUCUUCACAAUGAGCCGGGAACCUUGUUAGGUUGCUAUAAUAUAUCUAUAUAUUUAAAUCUGCCAACAUGUGGCAGAAAGCAGAGAAAUGGACAAAAUCCAAAACAUCCGACCAAACCGAAACGACCCUCUCUGACCAUCUGGGUCCGCGGACCUAAGUCGUGUAGAAGAAGCCGUGAGAUGAGCUGAAGAGAGGAUCCUGGUCCAUCUGGACAGACUUCAUUAGCUCCAGCCGGGGGAAAUCUAAAAGUCGAGGCGAGGUGCUGCCCUGUAUGGAAGGAGGCUGUGAAAAGUGGUUCCAGCUCCCUGUGCUUCAGUGGAAUAGGUUCACAGUUUACUAAAGCGUCCAGUUCUGCUGCGAGAGAAAGACCAGUGCUCCCUAGCGUGGCGCAGUCCACUCACUGUCACCUUCACUGUCCAUCAUCCUGGUGUUUUAAGGGCUAAAACUAUUAUUAAGGCCAAAGUAUUGUAGCGCAGCCUGAUGGGAUCGUGGUUAGAUCUGUUCAGUUUCUGUUUGCCAAAUCGCACAGCAGCCUUUAACGGACCGGCAGCUGUCGGGUUAAACAUUCGGGUUGCAUUUGCAAAAUGUUUCAGGUGCUAUGUUUCAAGAAGGACAAAGCCAUUACGCUGAUGAGUAUGUGUGUGUGUGUGUGUGUGUGUGUGUGUAAAUGUAAAACAGUUUGAGCUGAAGCCACUGUGUGAGUUCGGCGCUUGGUAGAAGCUGCCGUUUCUGUUUUGGAGGCUCGAAGCACGUUUUAGCUGUGGCUUCAUGCUGCGGCUCUGGCUUUUGCAUUUAGCGCUGACGCGACUAAACAAAUAAAUAUGAUUUAUAGUUGGAUCUACUGCUGUUUAGUUUGGUUCUUUAAAUCGAGGCUCGUUUUACUUUGUUAGCAGCAGCUGAAUG